GGUGUGCAGGUACGCGCUGUUCCGCCCAUGGCGGGCAUGCAGAUACGCGCUGUUCUGCCUGCGGCUGAGGGCGAAAGAAGACCUCCAACGACGGAGCCUUCAAGGCGGUACGACCCCUCCAUGUACAGCCAUCUGCCAUCGUGGGAGACGCCGCUGCCUCCCUCGGAUGAGGAGCCGGAGGGGGAUGAACUUCCAACGUUUCCUCUCGCCAGCGGGUCGACGCAGCUGUUGUCGCAGACGGUGCUCGCAGGCGGGUCGGCAAGCAACGGAUGCGGCGAGUACACAACACUCCUGCAGCAGGGAUUGGGAGACGACGACGACGGGGGAGUUGAUCUCCGGUUCGGCUUGUCUUCUCGCGGCGGUAGGGAGGCGAGCCGCACGUUCAUCAUUGACGCCGAUCCUUCACCGCGUGGCGUUCAACCUGUCUCUUAUACACAUCUAGAUGUGUAUAAGAGACAGGUGUGGAGAACAUCACACGAGGAGUGUCGAACAUGCGGGCACACAGCGAUGGUGGCGACGACGAUGGUGGUGGCGGUGACGAUGCAGACGGGCGAUUCGGGGAAGACGUGGAGGCAGGGGACGACGACGACGACAUUCCUAUUUGGUCUUUGGGGAAGACGGGCGGGAGGGGGAGAGGACGCAGCAGGGGUGCUGUUCAUGGUCGAUCCGUUGGCCGUGGGGGCAGAGGUGGCGUCAGCGAUGACGACGGGAAGUCUGCGACGUACUGGUCCCCGGAAGAGCAAAUCCAAGGCCCACCGCCAACAGUAGCCGUUUGGGGAGUAUGCAGACGGAGGAGGCCGGGGAUUUCCGUGCUAACGCCUCUGGACCACCCAAGAAUCGAAAGU